ACUAUUUGCACUCGCAAUCGUGGAUUAUUGUCGAUUGUGUCGUCGGUCGGUGCCAGUGGCAGCGCAGGUCGGACGUCAGUUUUCCGUUGGACGCUUGGCGUCGCCCGUCGUCGGUUUAUUUGUGCGGGAAAACGUGCGCCUCAAAAAACCGCCGUACGUGACCGUGACCAGCACGCGUUUUCCCAGGGUGGGUGGAUUUUGACGUGCGGAAUCGUCAAAGAUGAAAAAUGCAUCCAAUAUUGUUCGGAUACACCGUUGCCUUCCUGGUGCUGGCUGCGACGCCGUCGCCCGUCGUGGAGUACGAUAAGGGGCUGCGUUACGAGGAGUACGACGUCGAGCACGAAAUCUCCGCCAUGCAGGCCAGAAACGCCGUCAAACACACCGACUACAGUUCAGUGAACACCCCACCAGGUUGCCAGACUUGCACCGCAGAAGAGAAACGCUAUUGUUUAGGCAACGAUCUGAUCAACGAUCAUUGCUGUUGUGAUAAACGGUACCACGAGUUCUUUCCAUUUAUUCCGCACACAUGUUACCUGGGUUCGACUCUGUGCAACACGGUGGCCCUAAACUGCGGCGAAUACAACAGACUGCGGACCUGUUGUUGCGACAAAAUCACUCUGGAAAAAUGGAAACAAAAAUCGGGUGGUUCAACGUCCUGGCGUAACUCCUGGCGGAAAUUCACCCUCGCAGUUUGUCUGUACAUUAUUACUGCUGUACAUUAUUACAACAACACUUAAUGAACCAAAGCAAUAAGUUUUAGUUUUUAGUUUUAAUUGUUAUGACUAAGCACAGUAUUAUAAUUUUGUUAUGAAUAAAUUAUAUUUAUAUUGUU